AGAGUCACGAUUGAGUUGGGAAGGUUGGUUAGAAGCAGUUGCAAGUGUCAGAGAUCUAAGGAUACCACGAUGUCUCAAUAUUGGAUCGUACAAUAAGGGGCAGAUUUCUUUACAUCUGUUUUCGGAUGCUUCAGAAAGCGGUUAUGGAGCAGUAGCCUAUAUGAGAGUACAAUAUGAUACAAGUAUAACGAGAUGUAGCUUCAUCCUGGGCAAAUCUAGAAUAGCACCCUUAAAAUUUGUCAGUGUUCCUCGCCUUGAACUACAAGCCGCAGUACUGUCAGUGAAGUUGAUGAGGCAAAUAGUAGAAGAAAUAAAGUUGAACGACCUGACUGAAUUCUACUUCUGGACGGAUUCUAUGAUAGUAUUAAACUACAUCCUUAGUACGACGUCGCGUUUCAAGACAUGUAACUAAUAGAAUUAACUUCAUUCACGAGCGAACUAGACCCUCUCAAUGGAAGUAUAUACCAUCAUCCAUUAAUCCUGCUGAUCUAGCUUCCAGAGGAAUAUGUAAGUAUGACUCUAACUGUAUCGAGGCUUGGCUCUCAGGUCACGAGUUUCUAGCGACUGAAAAGGAUAAAUGGCCUGAGUAUAAACGGAAAGAAAUAUUAAGUUUCCCAGUCGAGCUAGAGUUAAAGAACGCCACAACUUUGGACACCAUGACCACAGUUCUUCCCUUUGAUAGAUUUAUAUCCUAUUUUUCGUCAUGGAUUAAACUUAAACAAGGCACAGCUUGGCUUGCCAGAUUCAAACGAUACCUCUACAAUAAAACGAUUGUAAGUGGACCCCUUAUGCUUAACGAAAUGGAAAAUGCCGAAAAAGACUUAUUAAGAUACGUACAAGAGCAAGAAUUCACGGAAUUUAGGCAAUGGAUUAAGCGACGCAAAUAUUCCGAAAGCAUUUUGCCCAAGAAUCAAGUUAUUAUUAAGUUACGUCCAAUCGUAAUCGACAACCUGAUUCGCGUAGAAGGACGUCUAAAUAAUAGCGACCUUCCAUUAGAGCAGAAACACCCGAUUAUUCUACCCAGUAAACACCCUAUAACGGAGCUUAUCAUUCAUUACUACCAUCAAGCUGAGGGGCACAUGGGAGUGUACCACACACUAUCUGCCUUGCACAAAAAGUAUUGGAUCUUAAAGGGCACUGUGGCAGUCAAGAGGAUCGUACAUAAAUGUAUAAGCUGUCGCAUUAGAUCAGCCAGGCCGAUGUCACAACUGAUGGGAGACUUACCAUCUACACGGAUAACACCAGACUUCCCGUUCGCGACGACAGGAGUAGAUUAUUUUGGUCCGAUCAUGAUCAAAGAGGGACGCAAAUCUCGAAAGUGUUACGGUUGCCUAUUUACAUGUUUCAACAUCCGAGCAGUUCAUAUAGAAGUUGCUUGCGCCUUAUCAAUCGAUUCCUUUCUAAUGGCGUUGUCUCGCUUCUCAAAUCGCAGGGGAAUACCGAAGAAAAUAUACAGCGAUAGAGGAACCACCUUCGUUGGGUUAGAGAAGGAGAUACAACGUCUAUUACCAGACUUUAAGGAUAAUAGGGUAGCUAAGGAAAUGAUUCGUCGGAAUAUAGAGUGGCACUACAACAUCCCUUACGCAAGUCAUCGUGGAGGGAUAUGGGAAAGAUUAAUAAGGAGCAUACGUAGAAUUUUGAGUGCUGUAUCUUGUGAGCAAACCAUGACACACGAGACGCUCUCCACUUAUCUAACCGAAGUAGAAAGAAAACUUAAUGAUAGACCUUUAGUCCCAGUUUACGAUGACCCAGAACAACUCGAGACAUUGUGACCUAAUAAUUUACUUUUGUUGAGAAAACCUCACCUUCAUCAGAUUGAGAUAAACCUACGUGAGCGUUAUUCACGACAAUGGCGACAAGCACAACUGAUGGCAACUACAUUUUGGCGUCGGUGGAUAAAAGAGUAUUUACCACUCUUACAGACGCGAACAAAAUGGACACAAAGAAGACGAGAUCUACAAGUUGGCGAUCUAGUCUUGGUUAUUGGAGACACUUACGCGCGAAAUAACUGGCCCAAAGGCCUAGUGGUAAGUAUUGACCUAGGAGAAGACGGUCUAGAGAGAUAAGCGAAGAUCAGAACGUCGAAAGGUAUAAUUAUUAGAGACAUACGUAAAAUUUGUUUAUUAGAAGGGGUGGACGACUGAACAGUAGAGGAUAGAGAGACCUUUCAGAGUGACUGUGGCUAGAGUAAAUUGUACCAUUGUCACCUCUGAACGUUUUACGUUAAUACCUAAUCAGCGAAAGUAAGGAAAGACAUGCUGUCUUUGGGGGGCGGUGUUAAGUUUGUUUUACAUUGUUCCUGCUCAUUCCUUUCCUACUCUUUUGUAUGUUGGUUUAUACUACUUAUUUAUAUUCAGUAAGCAGUUGUAUGCCCAAC